AUGACUUUAGGUUUACCGUCCAGCACGGCCUCGCAACCCUAUUCCUUCGGAACACCACCUACGACAAUGCCGACCAGCGUAACCUUGCCACUGCCUUUUCCUCCUUAUCCCAUUCAACCGUCCCAGCAACAGCCGCAACCACAACCGGCGCCUUCCAAUCAAGAUUCGUCCAUGUACGCUUACUUCCAUCCCGGGCAGCACGAUACGAUGUGGCAUCAAGUAUCGUCUCCUACUUUUGCUGGUACCGACCGCUCCGAUGUCAACCUCGUGUCACCAUAUGCUUAUUUUCCCAACCCUUCCUCAUCUUCUUGCACAGUUCACUCCGUUGCUUCGCCGACAGCUGUCGAUUCACCCAACAUGCCCUGUCCUCCGAUGCUUCAUCAUCCAAUCCAAUCGCUUCAUCCCAUCAAUACGUCGCAUAAAAAUCGACAAUACCAUCCACGCCAUCGAAGCGCCAAUGCCACCAUGACAUCAACGUUCAUGCCUCGCACGCCCGUGUCCUUUGCAUCUCCGCCACCUCCGAUGCCGUCUCCCGAUGAAAAUCCCUGUGCUACGAACAUACCAGUGACACGAACCGAGAAGAUACCAUUGCGAUUUCACGUUGUGUUACGAGCUUCGACGGCUGCUUUACAAAAGACGGAAGAUGCACCGAUUACAUAUCUGAACCGAGGCCAAGCGUAUGCUAUUCAGCUGCAAGAUAAGCAAGGCUAUACCGGCACCUUGACAAGUACCUUUGUGAUAAUGUUUCACGAUCCUUCGCAUCGCAAGGUUGCACUGAAUUAUUGGAAUUUCUGGAUUAGUCAACAAGAUAACACGCAGGAUAUUCGAGCCAUUGAUCUCGAUGCGAACCAGUCUUCGGGCAUUUUCAACAUUCGAUUCCCCAGCUUCGAUCGCAUCACCUUUGACUGGCAUGGUCAUCGAGGCGCCCGAAUUUUCGUGCGGUUCAAUUGUCUUUCCACCGACUUUUCACGUAUCAAAGGUGUGAAAGGGAUUCCCCUUCGAGCACACAUGGAGACACAGGUGGCACCUUCACCCACGGCCGACAUGUCAGCAACAUCGCCUACUUCGGCCAAUAGAGAAACUCACGAAAUGACCCGCUACGGUGAAGAAUGUUUCUGCAAGAUCAAACUGUUCCGAGAUAAGGGCGCUGAGCGCAAAAAUAAAGACGAUGCACGACAGAUCAGCAAGCAGCUCGAUAAAAUUAUGGCGGAAGGGGAUCCACGGCAACAUCCACUGUGGCGACUUUACAAUCAGCCAAUCAUGCCUUAUAGUGUAUUCAGUGAAAUCCCAACGUCGCCUACGCCUGAAUCGAUGGUCCUAUCGGCACCCGAGUCGCCUGCUAGUCUUGUUCGUCGAAGUAGUACAACGACUACCGUUACUUCGCCUUCGAUCUAUUCGCCUGCGCAGAAUUUCUGCACACCUGGCAUGGCACCUUCAUCCACAAGCACGCAAAUGCAAGCAUCACCUGUUCACGCCCUUCCAUCGACCAUGCGCUAUACGAACCAGCUUAUCGAAGACGCCUACCAUUCUCAGCCAUCUUAUCCACCGGCCAAAACGAGCGGCACCAAACGCGCCCGUUCCGAAACUGGAACUCGAGCUUCGGCCAUGUUGAGUUCAUCCGAAAUUACUCAUUCGCCUGAACCUGGUAAACGCCGUCUAGCCAUGUCCCUUUUUGUUGAAGUGAAACCGAGUCAGUAUCUUCGUCAUCCUACCUCAUCACCGCUGACAAACGACGAAUCCAUCCAGUUACAGCGUAUCUAUUUAGAGCAUUUGACGGUGCAAGAACUUGUUGUGCGAUUAUGUUCUAUUCUGUCGCUGCAUCCUAGUCAGGUAUCACAAGUGCUUUGGCGACGAUCCAAAUCCGAAGACGCCAACCUGAAGUUUCCACACGAGAAAACAAAAAAGAACUACGACCAAGUGCUUGUUUUGGUGGAAGAUGCUGUUAUAGCUCAACACUUUGUCGAUGGCAUCAAGGUGGCGGUUGAAUGGGAGAUCAAAUCGGACGGCACAGUACGACUCUUGCUUCAAUUUUGA